AUGGAGAGAGAGAGAGAGAGAGAGAGAGGCAGUUGAAGUGAAGCUCUUGAGAUGUUUCUUCUUCUUCUAAAAACCACAUCGUCCACCAAAACAAUCAGCAGCAGCAGCAGCAGUUUGGAUCUUACACGCAGGGGACGGGGCUUUUGCGGGGGGUAAAAAGUGAGUGCGUGUGCGUCCGUGCGUGCGUGUGCGUGUGUGCAUGUGGCAGACACACUGCGGGAGCAGCAGCAGCAGCAGCAGAGAGACUGUUCCACAACUUCCCUCCUCCGUGCGCCGCUCUCUGCCCUCGGCGUCGCUGCCGUCUUUCCUGCUGCUUUUUUUUUCUCCCCGGGACACAGGGUCUGCUGUGGUGAGAUGUGAAGAGGCUGAAGUAUGGCAUGCAAACAUGCUCUCUACCAAAAAGAAGGCGAUGGAGACAGCCAUGUGUCCUGCACGGAUUCGCUCCCUGUUCUACUUUUUCUGUCUGCUCACCUGUGUAAAGGACAUUUCUGGACAGACAAGGAAGGAUGAAAAGCUCUACCCGGAGAAUUUCACUCGCAUUUUAGACCGACUUCUGGACGGAUACGACAACAGGCUGCGACCUGGAUUCGGAGGUCCUGUGACGGAGGUCAAGACGGAUAUUUAUGUGACAAGUUUUGGGCCUGUUUCAGAUGUUGAAAUGGAGUACACCAUGGACGUGUUCUUUCGGCAGACGUGGGUGGACAGAAGACUGAUGUACGAGGGUCCGGUGGAGAUCUUGAGGUUGAACAACUUGAUGGUGACGAAGGUGUGGACUCCAGACACGUUCUUCAGGAACGGAAAGAGAUCGGUGGCUCACAACAUGACGGCUCCCAACAAGCUUUUCCGCAUCAUGAAAAACGGCACAAUUCUCUACACCAUGAGAUUGACUAUUAGUGCCGAGUGUCCCAUGAAGCUGGUGAACUUCCCCAUGGACGGACAUGCGUGCCCACUCAAAUUUGGAAGCUGUGUGGAGGUGUAA